AGAAUGGAACACUUGGGUUUGAUUUGAUGAAAAAACAAUGAACGCAGUGAGGCGUAGAUUGCUGCAUAGUCUUUGUGGCAAUGCCCCGACAGAAACAUUGAAGAGAAAGGCAUUGGAAUUGGAGAAGAAGAGGAAGACGAGGAGGUCCAAGAGUAAGGAUCAGUUCAUCGUUCCAGUUCCCGAAUCCUUAUCCUACCUCGACACCGCCACCAUGCCCAUGAUUGCCGUUGCCGUUGGAGUCGCUAUCUUCGCCAAGCUCCUCAUGAUGUUAGAUGAAUCGAGAUCCCAGGAAUUGCUAGAGCGUAAGAUAAAGAAUGCUCCUGCUGGUCAAGGCACCGUGAGAAUGCUCACCAAAGAGGAGUGGGAGAAGUUUCGAGAAAUCAGGCCCAGGACUCCAUUUGAGUCUAAGUUUUCCCGCCCCAAUUCCAGAAUAAGAACAGGAGAACCUUUGCAUAUGGAGGAUGUAAAGGAUUGGACAACCGAUGUUCUCAUGGAUGCCCUUCAUAGAGUUGAAGAGUAUGGUAAACAUUCUUCUAAGUAAUGUAACUUGUCCUAAGCUUAACAUUGUAUUGCCCCUGUUCUUGUUUUUUUUUUUUUUUCCUUUAUAUAGUUCUUAAUACAAAUAUUUUGGAGUACUUUGUUUUGUGCCGAUCUCUCUGGUGAGAUGGCAUGGGAUCACUAACUACCACAGUUACCAACAUUUUCAGCCGGGAAAAUUUCAUAAUUAUUUU